CUCAGUUGCGUGUUGAGUGUUUUUUUUUUGUAGAGUGGUUGAAUUCUCGUGUUGACGCAAGAUCCACGCAUAAGACUGUCUAUUCGCUGUAUUUAAAGUUAAAUCCGAAUAACCAGCAUGAAUAGUUUAAUAAGAUACACUUCUCGGUGUCUACGGUUUGGAGUGGCGUCCUCUCUUUUCGGACAAGCUGAAGGACGCAUGUGGACGGCCUCAACGCGGCUCUUGUGCGCGACGUCGGACCUCCAGAAAGACCUUGGCGAGAUGGUGAAGAAGGACAAGGUGGUGGUUUUUAUGAAGGGGACACCGGAGCAGCCCCUGUGUGGUUUUAGUAACGCCGUGGUCCAGAUUCUGCGGAUGCACGGAGUGGACGAGUACGCUGCGUACAACGUGUUGGCGGACGAGCAGCUUCGAGAAGGAGUCAAAGCAUUCUCCAACUGGCCAACAAUCCCUCAGGUCUACUUCAACGGAGAGUUUGUAGGAGGCUGCGACAUCCUCCUCCAGAUGCACCAGAAUGGCGAUCUGGUAGAGGAGCUAAAGAAGCUGGGCGUCCAGUCUGCGCUACUGGAUGCUGAGAAAGACUCCAAGUAGAGCAGGAAGAUGAACAUAAGCGUGCUUAAAAACAGGGGGCACAUUUACUCGGUUGAAUCUCACACGUUGCACACCAAAGACAAAAUUGUCUCUUCUGACUGACAAUAGAUGCGACUCAGGGCUGCCAGUUGGAGCAGUUUUGGCGGCAGCGCAGCGGACGACAGUCUGAGCUUUUCCGACUUGGAAUUAACUUUUACUUUCAGUAAUUGCUGAAAAAAAAUUGUUGGAACUCUCAUGACAGCAUCCUGUGCAAGACUGCCAGCUACACUUUUUUUUUCUUUUACACCUAUUCCACUGUAGCUCGAAUACUUUUCUAAAAGCUCAGGAUGACUUGACAUUUUUCAAGUUGGACCAGAAGGCAAUGACAUCGCACUAGAAAACAUCCAUACCCAUUUGUAUAAAGAAGGGACAAUUCUGUCUUACAUUGCUACUUAUUGAAUUAAAUGAGGAUUGCGAAAAGAUUUUAUAACGUACAUGCUUGUGGCAAUGUUUUUGUGGGCUCCAUGGCACCAACAGUGGUUUUUUGUUUUUGUUUCACCCUGUUUUUAAGUCAAGAUCCACUGAAAUGCAAAAAAAAAAAAAACAAUGUUCUGGUCUUGAAGAUUAUUCACUUCCUGUUUUUCCAUUUUAAGUCUGUCAGCUAAAAGCCCGGAAUCUCUUGACAGUCAAUCACUAUCGCUUAUUUGCUGCCCAUGACUUGCAUUACGACAGCAAUGGCACAUUGUAAUAUGUUGUACAUUUAUAUCACGAUUAAAUGUAUUUUAGUUGUACACUGAGUAACAAUUAAAAUAUCAAAUGACAAAA